AAAGUGAAGGGGCACGGGCGACGAAUGCAGUGGUGCGUAGGAGAAUAGCCCCGCCUGUUCAAGCGGCGGCUAACUUUACUAUGCUGUAUUUUAAGUAUGCUAAAAAUUUGUCUUAAUUUCUGCUCCAUCGAUGGAGGAAGCGAAGGCUGCCGCGUACUACGAUGAGCUUACUCGCAAGGGCGAGGGCGCCGCGCGCUUCAAGCAGGGCCUCGGCUUCUCCUCCUCCUCCUCCUCUGGUACCUUUUCCCAAAAACCCUCGUCUUCACACUCCUCUUACUUCUCCAACUUCGUCCGGGCAACGAGUCCCGGCAAAGCCGAGAAGCAAGCUCAGCUAGAAACUAUCCAGGCCAAGCUCCGGCGAUCCCAGCGAUCUUCCUCACCUAAUUUCCGUUCUUCGGAGCGCUGCCGAAGCCCCGAGAGGGACGGUUGCGCUCGCCGCCGCUCCUCCAGUAGGGAAAGACAGAGGGAACGAGAUGGGGACUGCAGAUUGCGCAGUAGGGCUAGGGGAAGAAGUUCGAAGAGUUGCUCGGAGGAUGAGGUGAAAGAAAGGGAAUGGUAUCGCCGGAAUAGGAAUGGGAUGAGAGAUGGGCAUUGCUCGCGGCGAGGGAGUAGGAGCCGUUCGCCAUCAAGGAUUUCAUCCAGUAGGGAUUUAAAAAAGGAUCAUAGGAGGGAGGAACGUAGGCCACGUCAUAGGAUCUCUUCUGAGAAGGGUGAUGCACUGGAUUUUGCUCGUCUGAUCGAGGGCUAUUCGCAAAUGACCCCUGCAGAAAGAGUUAGGGCAAAGAUGAAGCUUCAGCUUUCACAAACUGCUGCAAAGGAUUCAACCAUGGGAUUGAGCAGCGGAUGGGAGAGAUUUGAUUUCAACAAGGAUGCACCUCUUGAUGACAAUGAUGAAAUUGAGGUGGCCGAAGAUGAUGCUUCUCUAGUCAAAGAGAUUGGUAAUAGUUUUCGGUUUUCUGCAGUGCAGGCUAAACGCGAGGAACAGAUCAAAGCAGCACAUGAUGAAGCAAUGUUCGGAGCUUCAGCAAUGGAGCCAACUCUCCCAGAAUCUGAAACCAGUAAAGGCGCAGCAGAAAAUACUGACCAUGAAAAUCAAGACAGCAAUCUUCUGAUAAGUGAUAAGGUGCUAGCGCUACAACAAGGCUCUUGGCGAGACAGAGCUGGGAGAUUUAAGAGUUGAUUUGAUUGAUACCUCAAGUUACUUUCCUCACAAAUGACUACGGUUCUGCUAAAUUGAAAAUGUUACCUGCUUGCCUUGGGCAAGUGCAAAAUAUUCAUAAGUUGUUUUUUAUAAUUUUGCACAAAGAUGUCUCCAAUAAGUGGUCUUCACACCGAAUCUAUUAGGCGUUAUUGUGUAAAGAAAUAUAUGAAAAUUGUGGUUGCUGAUUUGUUAGGCGUGUUUUCAAAGUUAAAUGGAAGUUAUGUUUUAUUCUUCUGUAAGAUUUGUGAUUGA